UCGGGAGCAGCCUUCGGGAUGGGGGUGGGUCUGCGCCUGCGCGCCAGCGUGUGACCGCGGCCGUUGCUAAGGGGCUGGCGCACGCUCCCCCCGCGACCGUAGGCAGAGCUUAGGCUCAUAGAAAAGGACAAAUUAUGUCUCCUGAAGUUGCCUUGAAUAGAAUUUCUCCUGCGCUCUCGCCUUUCAUAUCCAGUGUGGUCAGGAACGGGAAAGUAGGAUUGGAUGCUACUAAUUGUUUACGUAUUACAGAUUUGAAAUCUGGCUGUACAUCCUUGACCCCAGGACCCAGCUGUGAUCGGUUUAAGCUGCAUAUUCCAUAUGCUGGAGAAACACUCAAAUGGGAUAUAAUUUUUAAUGCCCACUAUCCAGAGCUACCACCGGAUUUUAUCUUUGGAGAGGAUGCUGAAUUCCUGCCAGAUCCCUCUGCUUUGCAUAAUUUAGCCUCAUGGAAUCCUUCAAACCCUGAGUGCCUCCUGCUUGUUGUGAAAGAGCUUGUGCAGCAGUAUCACCAGUUCCAAUGUGGCCGAUUGCGUGAGAGCUCUCGCCUCAUGUUUGAAUAUCAGACUUUACUUGAAGAACCACAGUAUGGAGAAAACAUGGAAAUCUAUGCUGGGAAAAAAAACAACUGGACUGGUGAAUUUUCAGCUCGCUUUCUUUUGAAGUUGCCAGUGGAUUUCAGCAAUAUUCCUACAUACCUUCUCAAGGAUGUGAAUGAAGACCCAGGAGAGGAUGUUGCACUUCUUUCGGUCAGUUUUGAGGAUGCAGAAGCAACUCAGGUUUUUCCCAAGCUGUAUCUGUCCCCACGUAUUGAACAUGCUCUGGGAGGAUCAUCUGCCCUUCACAUCCCAGCCUUUCCAAGUGGUGGCUGCCUUAUUGACUAUGUACCCCAAGUCUGCCAGCUGCUAACCAAUAAGGUACAAUAUGUUAUUCAGGGAUACCAUAAGAGAAGAGAGUAUAUUGCAGCAUUCCUGAGUCAUUUUGGAACUGGUGUGGUUGAAUAUGAUGCAGAAGGAUUCACAAAACUCACUCUGUUACUGAUGUGGAAAGAUUUUUGCUUCCUUGUCCACAUUGACCUACCCCUUUAUUUUCCUCGAGACCAGCCAACUCUAACAUUUCAGUCAGUCUAUCACUUCACUAAUAGUGGACAGCUAUACUCCCAGGCCCAGAAGAAUUACCCUUACAGCCCACGCUGGGAUGGCAAUGAAAUGGCAAAGCGAGCAAAGGCUUAUUUCAGAACGUUUGUACCUCAGUUCCAGGAGGCAGCAUUUGCCAAUGGAAAGCUCUAGAAAACACCAGAUUUUGAGAUGGUGCCAGAUAGAUUCUUACAACCACAUUCACAUCAACACACAAGAGGACCUCCUGGAAGUGGGUUGGAACAUCUGUAUAUGCUUUUUGCUGCUGGAAUGGUUUUGAUUACUACAGAUUCAUCAGAUCUGUGAAACAAGGACCUUAUCUGGCUAAAUUACUGAAUUAAAUUUUUAAAAUACUGUUUAGAUAUGAUACCAUUUUCCGGUGACAGUAAUGUUCUAUGUGAUGCCCUGUUUCAGAAAUACUUGUCUUUCAGGCAGUGGUGUAAUUUUUCUUUCUAAGCAAUGUUCUCCAUUUUCUGAGCCUUUGUAUGUUUGAGUUACUAUUUUUCAGCGUAUCCUAAGAACAUAUAACUGCCAUACAUACUAGAAUGCCUCAUGGACUAUAUAGUGCCAUAUUCUGCCUCUGACAUUUGCCUAUAUUUAUGGUUCUUAUCCAUACAGGUAUGGAUGUGAGUCAUGCAAUUUACGCAGUGCCUUUCAAGUGAGUUUAAUGUUGACAACAUUUUUAACAUCACAGUUGAAAGUUCAUCAUGUGUUGAAUGCAGUGUCCUUACGUUGUUGGUUAGUUUAAGCAAUAAAGUUUAAGGUGGCUAAUUAAUAUUCAUCGUUAUUGCUAAGAAAAGUCUGUUGCUUUAGUAUGAAAAGUUCAGUCGCCAACUGUGUAAUCUAAGUUGACAAAACAAAGCUUCUUCAUAGGCCUACAGCUUUGUAGGUAACAGUUAUAGUAAUACAGCUGUAAGUGUAUUUAAUCAAAGACUUGCAGUUAGAAUCAGCACAUUUACUUUAUGAAAAGAAGAAGACAUCAUUUUUCCUAAUACAGAAAUGCUAAAUGCAGAAUCCCAGCCACUCAUCUUCCCCUUUUUGUGAUAUGUUAUGGAAGACCAGAUAUAGCUGACUCUUAAUGGUGUCACUUCCCAAAUUAAUUGUAAAUAGACAGGGUACUUUCCAGCAUGGAAUAAAAUAAAGUUCAUAUGUUGUUAUAAA